AAAUAUGACCAACUCCCCCUUUGCCAAAAUUAAAAAAAAAAAACUCUCCAAAACCAGGGUGGGGAAUGAAGAUCACUCAGUGUCAGUCUGUGUUCUGUAUAUAAGCUAGAACUUUCUAGUUUUUACAUGUUUUGUCACUGUUUCCAGGAAAGCAGAGGCGUGGUGAUCCCAUCUUGGGAAAACCAAACAACCAUAGCAGAAUUUGUGCUUCGAGGAUUCACUUCCAUCCGACAGCUUAAUAUUUCCCUCUUUAUGAUGUUUUUAGUUUUUUACACUAUAACUGUCUCUGGAAACAUUCUCAUUGGCCUGUUAGUUUUGUUCAGCCAUCACCUCCACACACCCAUGCACUUCUUCUUGGUGAACCUGUCCUUUCUGGAGAUCUGGUAUACCUCCAACAUUGUCCCCAAGAUGUUGCUGAUUAUUAUAGCUGAACAGAAGACUAUCUCUGUUCCUGGCUGCCUGGCACAGUUCUACUUCUUUGGAUCCCUGGCUGCAACAGAGUGCCUUUUGCUGGCAGUAAUGUCUUAUGACCGUUACCUGGCCAUCUGCCAACCUCUCCGCUAUCCCAUCCUCAUGACUGGCCCCCUCUGUAUCAAGUUGGCUGUCAGUUCUUGGCUAUGCUGUUUCCUCCUCACAGCAAUCACAAUGGUCCUACUGUCUAGACUGACCUUUUGUGGACCUAAUGAAAUCGAUCACUUCUUUUGUGACUUCACCCCUCUGGUCCGUCUCUCUUGCGGGGACACCUCACGCACUGAGACAAUUGCCUUUGCCACCUCUUCUGCAGUCACUCUGGUCCCAUUUCUCCUCAUCACAGCCUCCUAUUCUUGUAUCCUUGCUGCUAUCCUAAGAAUUCCAUCUGGCACAGGCCAGCGAAAGGCGUUCUCCGCCUGCUCCUCCCACCUCACUGUGGUCACAGUGUUUUAUGGGACACUGAUUGCCGUGUAUCUGGUACCCUCAGCCAACUCUUCACAACUCUUGGGCAAAGGGUUCUCUCUACUCUAUACCAUCCUGACACCCAUGUUCAACCCAAUCAUUUACAGUCUGAGAAAUAGAGAUAUCCACGAAGCUCUGAAGAGGAACUUGAGUAAGAAAUCGGGUUUCCUCAAAUGACAUAAAAAGCGAAAGAGGUGUGUUUGUUCCAGGGCUGAUGAACUGGACUGAGUCUUUUAAAUUCUGCGUACAAAGGCAACUACUUAAAUAAGGAGCUACCUAAGCCAGUUGACCAGAAGCCUCUGAGUAUGACUGUGGACACUGCUGAGUACUGACAGCCUCAGGUGAACUGAUGUCCCAGGAUACAAUCUAAGCAGGUUAGACUCUGUUCCAACAUCUCCAGUAGAUCUAGUUUCUUGUGUAAAAGACCAUAACCAAAAUGAACUGGUAAGGCCAGUUCAAAUAUUCAUUGAGGGUCUAAUAUGCUCAAGGCACUAUGCUAAAUUUAAGUGAAAAAAUGAUAGAUAAAAAAAGAUGAAGCC